AAAAACGAAAGACAGCACCAGCACCAGCAUCAAUGGCCCAACACCUCACAGCUCAAGCUACAGUAGAAAAUGCUGCGUAAACAGUGUCUGUGUCUAGCACGGCAAGCUCCUAAUCUGCUAAGGCAAUCUAUCACUGCGAGGCAUAGAGCCAACUAUCAUGAAUACGUGGGAAGCUACACAGACCCAAAGCCACGCAAGGAUGACUUCAUCGAGAGAUCACAUAAAGCCAUGCAAACGGGACGACCAUUAGACAAGCCACGUAUCACAGGGCAGCUCGAGGGCGUGCCUCAGCACACUGUCUUGGUCCAUGCCAUUCCUGUCAACUUCAAGAGCGAGUACUUCAUUGCACACUUCUACGUCAAUGAGCUACAGGCCAAAGUCAACUGUGGCAAAGGUGGUGAUCGCCGCACAGUCAGAAUCCAGGACCAUCUUGCACUCGCAUUCAUCAUCUCCAUUGCCAAUACAACCAAUUACGCCACACACAGGAAACGCAUCUUCAGGCGUUUCCGAGAAGCAGUUUUGCAGAUGCUGAAGGACGAUCCAUCCUUGCUACCAUCACGGCCGUUCACGCUCCAGCUGACGCCUAUGCUCAAGUCACUCCAUAUGCCCUGGGAAGAAAUGCAAGCACAAGUCAAACAAGCUUGGAUAGCAGCAACAACAGCACUCGAAGCUUUGCCAAAGACACAAAUUAUUCCGCCCAGAGUCAAGAAAGUGUCUAAAGCGAAGCAGAGGAGAAUCUUGCUGCACCAAGACGACCUAAGGCGAUUAGAGACACGCCAGCCCAACAAUGAAGAACCUCAAUCUGGCAAUAAGUCGCUUGUGACUGAUCGAGUCGGCCCAAGCACACAGUCUGAACGGAGGUCAGGCAGGGAAGGAGACAGAUUCGACGGCCCGCGCCCUACAUUUUCGGCACGACGAUUGCACGAGGAUGGUCAAAUUCCCAGGAACAGUGAGGGCGGUCCGCGCCCUGCGUUUUCGGCACGGCGAUUGUUCGAAAAUGGUCAAAUUCCCAAGUACAGUGAGGUGCUUGACAAUCCACUGGUCAAGUACAGCCCCGGUGAGCGCAGGAAGCGUCCAGAGGUUCGCGGUGACUCGAUUCGGGCUUCACAGCUGCAGGAGCCCAAUGAGCGGCAACAAACUUACAUGCGCUUGCCUGAUCCAAGGGUGCAGAGGAUGCUCGCCUAUGCGAGUGGAAAGCUGACGAUCAAAAAAGACUCAUAACUUUUGCCUAAUCUAACAUGAGAACGACAAACAUUUCUGUGACUGUGUUUCUUU